AAGUUUUGCGACAUUGCCAUAAAUCGGCGAACAACAUUGCCCGCCAUUUUUACAAGUGACAGCUACAGUUUACAUCAAAAAUGCGUAUCAAAUAUCUUUUACCCUAGGUUGUAAUGAAACAAAACUGAGAAUGGACACAACAACCUCACAUUUUCUUCCUUCUGAAAUAGCGAGAUUGGUAUUGGGUUUUUUGGAAAGUGAAGGAUACACAUCUACAUAUAAAACUUUCAUGAAAGAAUGCAUUCAUCUGCAAGAGUAUGUGGCCUUAAUGAAAAGAGGAAGACAUUAUCCACUGACGAUAAGUGGAUUUACUCUUAUACAAAUUAUUGAGAAAUUUGCACAGUUUUAUUUAGUGGAUGUGAACAAUCAGAAAGUUGGAUUGAAUGCAUUAUGGAAUCAGCUUGAUUCAGUAACUGCUUGUUUGAAAAGAGCAACGCUAAACAAAAAUUUACGAGUUGAGGGGUGUAGUCAAACCUCACGCACAAGAAGGGCAAAUGUCAUAGCAAAAUAUGGAGUUAAUGAGAAGGGGGACAGUGGACAAACAGCUGGUGUCAGUGCCUCAGACUUAAAGAUAUCUUCUCAAAGGUCACAGAAAAUUAUUCAAAAUAGAACAAUUGUGCCUGUUGAAUGUUCAAAUGAAAGAAUACCAGUACCUAUAAGUACAUUAUUAGUUCCAAAAGAGUCACUUAGUAACACAAAUGAAAGUCAAAAUGAAAAAUUAUUAUCAGAAGUCCAAUCUCAAGAAAAGCAUUCAAGUAAUAAUAGAACUCAAAUAUUAAUAUUGAAAAGUCCUUCAAAAACAGUAAAACCUAGUCACACAUCUCUUCAUGCUAAUUCACCGUCUGCUAUCUCUUCCACUUAUUCAAUAAAUGAAAUAUUACCGACAAACAAUAGCACCUCCAUUACCUCAAGUAGCAUUGAAGGUGAUACUGUAAGUAGUAUUGGAGGUGAUCAAAUUGUACAUAAAAGCAGUGAAAUAGUUUCUACAAUAAUAAAUACUAUACAGACAAAUCGUGUGCCAUCAGAAAAUGACAAUCUAUCAAGUCAUGUUGGUGAUGAUAAUGGAGCUGGUUUCCAUGAUGAUAUGGAAUGUGAUACACAGUUGUCUCCCUUACCUCAAUCAGUUAGAGAGAAUGUUAUUAUUGAUAAAGAUACUUCAAGGGAAGUAAUCCAAAACUCAGUCUGUGAUAGACCAAGUAAAGAGAAUUUAGUGCCGGAUGAAACAGUGAACCUGGCUAAUCAUUCAGUGUGUAGUGAAGGAAGUAAGGAGAAUUUGACUACUAAUGAUUCAAUAAUCAAAGCCAACCAAAUUGCUUUAAAUGUUAAUGAUACAGAAAUAUUAAUAGUUUGUGAUAAAUCUAGUGGAGAAAAUUUGACUCUGGCUUGUGAGAAUUUGUUUACAAGUGGCAUUACAAUACCAGUCUGUGAUAAAUUAAACAGGGUAGGCCUGUUAACGGAAAGAAUGAACACAGACGUGCCAUCCUCUCCACUACAGACAGAAAAUAACAGAGAUAUAAGUGUUACAAGUAGUAAGCCAAAUGAAACAGUCAGAGAAAACAAAAUGGAUAAUGUCUUGUUUAGAAAUGAUCCAGUUCAGGAGACCACAGAAGAUAUUGCUGUAAUUCAGCUUCCAGAUGUCCAGACAGAAAAUGCUGACUCAGUGGUUCCAGUUACUCCUCGGAAAGUUGUGCCACCUAAUGACUUGCCUAUAAUGAAAACACCAGGGAAAAAAAUAAGAGAGUAUGGACUACAAGGGCAAGGAAAGUCUCCAAGAAGAAAAAGACCACCAAAAAGAAAAUCCCAUGGAGAUAAAAUAACAGAGAGAAGAUCGAGUUUACCACAUCUGAAUGACAGUAGUAACAGCAAUGAUGGAUCCCUGCAUGAUUCAUUUCCCACUCAAUUUCUAGAGCAAUUAUUAAACAACCCUUUACUACAUGAGAAGCUAGCAGAAAAUAUAAACAAGACAAUCAACUGUUCUGACCUGAGUAAAUCACAGAAUCUGUCGGACGUCAUUUUAAUACACGAUACUAGUCAGAAAUCGGGAGCUGGAACACCUAAACCAUCAACUAGUUUGGAAGAUAUACUGGAUCCACAUGAAACCCAGAUGACUGGUGACCAGAUUAAUGAUGUUAUUGAUAUGACCAAAGGAGAUGCUGUGUUUGAUUCAUUGUUCAAACUAUUUCAUGAAGAUUCCAGAGCUGGUUCCUAUUCAUCAGAUAAUAGACUAGAUGAGGUCCAUAGUAUGGUGUCUGGUGUCUCACCUUUAUUACCAGUGACUACGGCAAAUUAUCUUUCAUGUGAUAAUACAACUAUAAAUUCUGCAUUUAAACCUAUCAAUAGCGCUGAAUGUGACUUUACACCAUCAUUUCCUAUUGUGACAACUAAAACACGUUUUGAGAAAAGCUUUGAGAAUAAAUAUGUCAGUGAGGAUUCAAUAAAUGCAGUUUUACAAAGUUACUCAUCUGUUCACACGAGAACUUUAAAUACUCCAACAGAUUUUUCUGUUAUUUCAAAUAUGACUUCUUCAAGUGUUCACACUUCAACAUCAUCAUGUAUUACACCUACAGUGACAAUAUCAACAGCUUCUAGACUUGAAUUAACAUCUCAGUCAACUUCUGUUACAUCAACAUCUAGAUCUGUUGUGUGUUUACAAUCAUCCUCAUCAACCAUGUUAAAUCAAGAGUCAAUAGAUCCAGAAGUAGUCAGCCAGUCUGGAUCAUCAAAAUGUUUAACAUCAUCUGUAUCAUUGACUUCAGAUCAAAAUCUGGUAUCAUCAGCAUCAAAUUACCCAUUGCCAUCUGCAAGCAUAAUAUGUUCUCCAUCAAACAACACAGGCCUUACAUCAAAUAACAUUUCUUCUGCUAUCAGUACACCAUCAAACCAGUCUAUUCCGGUGACAACAGGUUCUAAUCCAGUAUCAAAAUCUACUUCAUACAUAACAUUUGUGAAGGGUGUAGCAGCAACAGAGAACAGUAGUACACCAGUUGGACAGAGGGCGAGUCCUCUUACAGUACAGAUGGAAGAUACCACUGAAACAUUUAAAGGACUACCAUCAGAUGUUAAACAGCUGUUUUCUUCAUUUGAAGAAAAUCUGUCAGAGCUUUCAAAAAGCCAGGAAGAAGCCAAUGAAAAACAAACAAAUGGUAAUACCAGAUCACUGAGGAAGAACAAGAAAGUAUCUCCAAAGACACCAUCUAAUAGAAAUAAAAUAUCACCCAAAUCACAAAAAAAGUCUUCCAAAUCAAAAAAUAAAAAGGAAUGUCAACAAAUAGAAGACUCAGCAUCAGUGCAUAAUGUAGAAUCUUAUUUAGGAUUACCACCACAGCAAGUGGUCCAGUCAGAUUCUAAUAAAACAAAAAAGUCUCCAAAAAAUAGUAAAAAGACAUCACCAUCUUCAAAAAAUGCAAUAGAAAUACCUGUGAAGAAGAAUUCCAAAAACAGCACAGCCAAAAGUAAGGACACUAGAUCCCCAAUAGCUGGUAAACCAAAAGAAAAAAAGCUCACACCCAGACCACAGAUUAGAUGUGAUCCUCUCAAGCCCAAGAAUGACAACAAAGGGACUAAAUCAUCACCUUUAAUUACUACAUCAGCUUCUAAAUGGUCUUCAGAUUUAUCAGCAUUGAUAAAGAUUGCAUCCCCAGAGAAAGAAAGAAAGGAUUGUGUACAAGAGAAGACAAAUGAAAUAUCUUCAGGAAUCACACAGACUCCUACUGGGAGAAAAAAAGCUGGGAAAUCUCAACAGACUCCUAUUAGAACUCCUUCAGAAAAGUCAGGGAAGAGUUCAAGAAAAACACCUUUAUCUAAUUUAAAGAAAUCUGAUGCUAAACAAACCUCACAAUCGGAACCACAAACCUUUCUAUGUAGUAUUUCUCCAACUUCAAAGGACUUUAGACAUGUGCCACUGAAAAAUACUAGCACUAUUGAAGAAAAGACGCCUUCAGGGAUUAUAAAACUUGGACCAUCAUGUUUAGGUCGUGUUCUUAAAAUGAAUACACAUUUUUCUGAAUGCACGAAUACAGUAAUAAUUCCUGACAAUGUUCCAACCAUCUCCAAAAAUUUGGCACCUUAUGGUAAAUCUUCCAAAAUUCGUAUGAAUAAAAGAACAAUAUCGCCACUACCAAUAGCUCCAAUUCUGUCAAUGCCAACGCUGGAUGGAAAUAGUAAUGACAAUUUUAUGCUUAAUGAUCCCAUAGUUUUGACACCAACUGUUCAAAGGGUAACGGAACAUGUUGCAGAUGAAAAUGAAAUGGGCCAGAUACUAAAAGCCAGUACAGAUGUAAUGCAUGCGAGAACACCUCCGUCUAAAUUUGAUAAUAUAAUUUAUACCCCGAAUUCUGAUUAUUUAGAAUCACCAGUCAAACAAGUUUCAGGUGAUAGGAUGAACAUAAUUCAGCAUACUACUACUCCUAAUUUAAAUGGUAUUCCAAACAGCCCACCGGUCCAAGCCAUUUACACAGCAACACCGAUAUCAGAUUUUGUUGGAACACAAAAUGUACACAUAAGACCUUUGGAUUUUGAUGCUAAGUCUUAUUCUAGUCCUUUAACUGUAAACAAUGGUAAACAAAAACAAAGAAAACAGAAGCAAAAUGUAACUCAGUCGAAAAGGGGAAAGAAACCAGCAAAAUCUGCAAUGGUUAUGAAACAGAUAAUACCUGAUGUCAUUGCAAUUGAUUCUGGAAAUGAGACAGAAAAUGACGCCAGAAUUUAUCCAACAAGAGAUAUCCUAACUCCAAAAAUCAAGUCUAGUAAAAGAACUGCUGAUGAGCCAAUGGGACCUUCUAGUGUUGUAAAUUUUAGUGCCAUUUCCAGUGUGAAUAUUGUAACAAAAGACACAUCUAUUUAUAGACCUAUAAGUGAAACCAAAAGUGUAAAUUUUAGUGCCAUUUCUGGUUUGAAUAUUGGUCAAAAAGACAUAUCUAUUUAUAGACCAUUAAGUGAAACUGAAAGUGAAGAUGGGAAUAGUGCUGGAUUUCAGAGAAAACAACAAGAAAAUGUUACAAUUGUACAGGGAGACAAAGUGAACAAUUUUAUUUCAACUGAUGAUGAUUUAAUCCCAGAUGCUUGCGGAAAUGUUCACAUGAACAAUGGACAAGUGAUGAAUGUUAGACCACAUAGUACAGAUAUAAUUAUUCAAAUACCACUGAAAGAUGGACAGAACCAGAACUCAUCCCAAAAUCAUAAUGUAAAACCAGUUCAAACUAAAAGUAGGAACUCUUCACAGAGUUUUGCUGUUAAACCAAUACAAACUGAAAGUCAGGCUUCUGUUCAGUCACAAAUCCCUAUUCAAGGACAUUUACAUAAUGAAUUCCCUAUUCGUGCACGGACACCUAUUGACCAGUUAGCCAGUGACUAUCAAGGAUUCAAUGUUUCUCCUUCAUGUCAGAAAUUUAUUGGUCAGUUUGGUUUAAAUCCAAAGAAUGACAAAUUUUCAGGGAAACCACUGAAUACUCAUAUUAAUUUAAAAAAUUCUGUUGAUCGGAAAACUACCUCAUCUUCUAAAGCAUCUAGUCCAGGUAAAUUAAGAAAUAUUAUGCCAAAGCCAUCAGUUGGUACUGGUAAUAUUGAUGGUUCACCGUUAAUGCCCGUCUUCUAUGAUAUCCAUCUUACAAAAGAUAGUUCUAAUGACACUUGUUCUUCAGAGGUUGAACAAAUUAACACAAUGGCUAAAAGGGCAGAUAUGGACAUGAUGAAUAAAUCUGGAUGUAAAACAAAAGCUGUUGAAACUUUGGUCAAAGCACAAUAUAGUGACAAUGAGUUAUCAACUGGUAGUUCAGAUAUUGAUGUUGAAGCCGAAUGGGAAAACCCGUGGAAGAAUAUUUCUGGUGAUGUAAGUGACAAUACACUUGUGAAUUCACCAAAUGUAACAGUUUAUGAAAAAAGUACAUCAGUAGAUGAGAGUUCACCCAAGAAAACAAUAUCAAACAAGGAUCCAGUAUCGAGCCAAAUUACCUCAAAACCAACAACAUUUAAACUGCACAGACAAUCUGAAACUAUUUAUAGUUCUAGCAAUACUCCAGUGACUGGUAAAUAUAUAAUGACUCCUCCAAAGAAAAGGAUAACAGCUUCUAUGAAAUGUGGAAGUGGUCUGUACUUUGUAUCUACUAACGAACAAAAAAAUACUGAGGCUUCGGAAAAGGUUUCAAAGACUAAAAGAACACCCAAGAAAACGUUAAGUGAAUUCACAAAUUUAAGACGAAGUCCAAGAUUAAGUUCCACGGCACAAAGUUGUGGGAAAUCUCCACAGCUGGUUGAUAAAGUAAAGAGAAACCUAACGGACAUACAGGAAGAUGGAAACUGUGAUAGGAUAAAGAGUGGAAACAAGAGACCAAGGGAAGAAUCAGACGAUAAUAUAAUGGGUACAGAAUCUAGACCUAAAUCAAGAAAGUUGAAGACACCAGUUGAUCUCAAGAAGUUGAAUGUUGAUAAAUUUCUAACCAAACUGUACAAAAGCUGAAGAUGAUCCCUGUUUAAAAGGAAAUUAUUUUUAAGUGAAUUCACACAACAAUUUCAAGCAUGGGAGAUAUGUGGACCUAUCAUGCAUUUAAUGCAAAAUGUGCAAUGAAAAUUUCUGUUAUGAUCAUGUUAUACAUGUACAAUGGAAAGAUGUUGAUAAUUUUAUUUACUGUUUAUGCUAUUUAUUUAUUUAUUUAAUACCAAUUAUUAUUUUCAAGAUAAAGGUAAUUACGAUUGGAAUACUUGUGGAUUUUAUAUUCCAGUUUGCAUUACUGCAAAUGUUUUAAGUAAAGAAAUCAAUUGAAUUUGAUGAGUCUGCAUCAUAGGAACAGUAUGAAAUGAGAAAAUCAUGUUUCUAUUGCAUUCAAUGAAAGUCUUGAUAGGUUAAAUAGACCUAUUGUUUUUCAACCUGCAUUAACAAUAUUGCAAAAAACAUUAAAAUUUAAUUCAGAAUUUAAACUUUUAAAAAUUCAAAAAAAUAGUAAGGAGGAAGUUAAUGUUGAAAGAAUAUAAACAAGUCAAUGUCAUCAGAUCUUGACCUUAUUUAAAUUCUAAAGUGGUCACGUUAAGUUUUCAUGAUUAAGCCUAUAACACUGUAUGAUAGAUUAAGUUUUUAAAAUAAACUUUUAUCUUUAUUUUAUAAAAACAUCAACUUUAUUUUGAAUAUAUUUUGCUACAUAUGGUAUUCAUCAAAAGGUCUCAUAUAACACUGACUGCAAUACUAGUACAAAUAUGAAACUUUUAAGUUUUGAUUUGGUUCACUUAUAACAAUACAAACAUUAGCUGUUGAGAGCUCUUUACUGAAUAUGAUAUCAGAGUUCACUGCUGUACUUAAUUCAAACUUAGACAUUUUAGUACAUUUAUUCUAGAUUAGAUUCUUUUAAAACUUGACCAAUGAAUGUAAUUAUCUUGAAAAUUGAACACAAUUUUGAUUUUACUUGAGUUAUUUUAUACUGUUUCUUUUAAUAGAAAAUAUAUUUUAUGAGUAUGACAAAAUUUGA